AAUAUUAUAGUUCUACAUUCAGCUGUUAGUUAGAAACUUAGUUUUUUUGUUUCCUUAAAUAUUUUAAACAAUAUAUGCUUUCUUAAUUUUUGUUAGCAGUUUAUAUUCAUAUUUUUAUGAUAUUGGGCGGUUCAAAAAAAAUUUUUUUUAAUUACCAAUUACAUAUUAAAAUUAAAAUAGAAUUUAAAUAAUUUUAGACGGCAUUAUUGCACUAUUUAAUAUAAAAUAAACAAUUAGAAAAGAAUUAGUGAUGUGUUAGUGGAUAUAAAAGUUAAAAAUAUAAGAUUAAAAUGCAUUAUAAAUUGGAGAAACACGCAUUUUAAAUAGUUGAUUUUUUGAACUUUAAAUGCAAAUAUCUCAAAAAUCAUAAGUCAGCGGCAUGUAUAUAUGCAUAUAUUUUUGCUCUGAAGGACCUCCUCUGUCCGUACAUUCCCAUUUUAACCCCGAAAUCGGGGGAUGCUAUUCUAAAUCGUAGCCGAUUGUAUAAAUUUUCUCUAACAUUGUUGUUAUUAAAGAGAUUAAAAAUAUACUUAAUUUUAAAGCAGUUAGUUUUACCAACUCCUAUUUGACCUUUCCAACAGGAACAGCUUUACAAAAUUAUAGUUUAGUAACUUUAUGUAGGCACUGAAAUAAAUGACAUACAUAUAUUGCCCGUUAAUGCUGAACGCAAACAUGAAAACUUCCAUCGCUCAUUAUUGUUAACAUUUCUCUUUUAUUGUUUUUCAUCAUACAAUACCAUUUAUUAUUAUUUCAUAAUGCAUAUUUUUAUUUAACAUACCCCCGACGAGAAUGGAAAAAAUUGAUAUGAAGACGACGUUACAGUUCGAAAAAUAAAAGUGCAGUUGUAGAAGUGUGUUCAACAAACAAUUUCUUGAUCGUGUAACAUUCGCGUAAGAGUUUUGUCGGUCUAAUAAUGAUAAGUGCACUCUGUGCUUCCGUUAUUCAUAGCGUUCCUGAUUUAAGUACAUUAGUCAGUGGAAUAUUUGAUGAGAGAUAGUCGUGAGAGUUUGAAUUUAUUUUCUUUUGAAAAGAUUUUAGGAUUUUAUUUCUUUUGGAAUUUAACUUUUGAUAUUUUGUGUACGCAAUAUUACUAAGAUAUUAUGCCACCCCCAAGACCGAGGGGAGUGGGAUAUAAUACAGGAGUCGCAACAUCAAGGCCCAACCCGAAUACACCGAUGUCUGAGAGACAGCAAAUGGCACUGCUUAUUCAGAUGACGGCAAACUCGACGACAGAGGCCUCUAGAACGCACAUCAAAAAGAAUGAGCACAAAAAAGGUGAUGAUGUUGAAGAUGUUAACUCCACAGAAAAGCAUGAUCAUUCAGAGACCAGCCGGGACAAAUUAACCACUGAUGAGGGUCAUACCGAAAACAAAAUUGAACAUGAUGGUGUUGGCAGCGCAGAUACACCUUCGUCCAGUCAGGGUAAACGUCAUUUCUCAGAUAUAGAUGAGGAUGAAUUUGAAGAAUGUGAUGAAGGCAAGAAAAAGAAACGAAAAGAGGUAGAUGGUGGAAAAGAUGCAAAAUCCACAACAACUACACGUCUUCCAGGGCGUAUGGAAAAGGUUAUCAAGCAAACAUCGGCUUCUAAAGGUUCGCCAAAUCCAAAUAAAAAUGCAAGCUCCACAGAAAAAGAUCAGACUGAAUCGGCAAAGUCUGGUUUCGGCAAACAAUUUGAAACAGAAGGUGAUGAUGAAGAAUUUAAAAUGUCUGAAUCCUUAUACAGUGGCGGGUUAAAGGUGCCGCCACUAAAAAUUGUAAUCCCACAACAGAACUGCUCCAUUGAUACCGAUGGAAAUGUAUCACGUACAGGCAAAAUCAACACAUCUCGCAAUGCAGCCCUACCAUAUGUUGUCAGCUCAAAUACGAAUGAUUCCAACGAACGUGAAGCGCAAUGUGGCAGUCCUCAUGAGAGUCCCAUAAAAAUAAAUAACUUACAAUGCAAUAUUAUAGAUGAGAAAAAUUUGAAGCUAUUAAACGAGGAGAAGAAUUUACAUCGUGUCCUACGUAGUUCUCAUCGCAGUGGUAUUACUAGUACCGAACGUAGCUCUAACAAUUCCUCACCUCAAAUGCAAAGCAGUUCACCAUCGCCAGCAUCAUCGAACGCAAAUGAGGGCAUCACAGAUAAUAAACUUACAUUUACCAAUGUUGGCGCAAGCCCUCUACAACAUAAUCACACAUAUGAAAAUGAGAAUAUUGUUAAUUUACCAAGCCCAUCCACCUCGUCGACAUCGUCAUCGAAAGACGUACAUUCGCACGGUGUAGAAUUACAUCCACGCAAACGAAAAAUACGCACAAAACACGAUGAUAAUCACAAUAAUAAAAACAAUGGAAAUCAAAAUACAAAUACAGAAGCUAACGCUUCAAUGUCUGAUACACAUUCGCAUGAUAUGCCAUUUACAAAUUGUUUUCAAAUGUAUCUUAGAAUACGCCGGCAAAUUGAGAAAAAGUGGCAAAAUAUGUACCCGAUCAAACCAAGACCGCCGCAGGGUUAUAAUGAGUAUUUGCUAAAUAAGAAGAAUUAUCUGCUUGCAAGUAAUGAAAAGAAAAUUGAAUCCGUAACACCGUCUAAUAUUCCACCGAAGAUGCAAGAAAUAUAUCGCUUGCAAGAAAAUGAACGCAAGGCUCUGCUACAACGUCACAUUGUGGAACGUGAGAAAUUAUGUUUGAAUGUGGAACAAGAAAUGAUACGUGUUCACUCGAAGGCAGCGCGCAACAUUUCAUGUCAGCCAGUGCCGUAUUCGGUGUGUACUCUACUCAAAGACGAAGAAGUAUACAAUAUACCAACAUCGGAGCAGGAUGAAAAAGAUAAAAACGCACGUUACCGUUUCAAUGGUCGACAACUACUAAGUUGGCUGCAAGAUGUCGAUGAUAAGUGGGACAAAAUCAAGGAAGCCAUGGUUUUGCGUCAUCAUAACGAAGCGGAAAGUCUGCAUGCCGUACAGAUGAUGGAUUGGGAUAUUGCAUUGAAAAAACAUAAAUUAUGGGAUUAUAGAUGUGAAACUGCCGUUGAUAAAGAUCAUGUACCUAUUGUACAUGUCAGCGAUGACUUUGAUCUUUUACCAGCUUAAAUUUAUCAAUAAAAGUGAUUAAAUAUAUAAUUAUGUACAUGUAUUCAUGUAUAUAGAUACAUAAAUUUCUCUUAAAGAUAAGGUCUAAUCGCGAAUUCAGCACAGAGCUAUAUUCACGAAAAAUAUAUAUACAAAUGCUUAGAUAAAGCACCAAAUGUUAAAAA